AUGAGUGACUCAGAGGAGGACGAUAAUAAGCUAUCUCUGCAAGCUUUAAAAGAAAUAUCAAUAGUUACUGCAGGCACAGAGUAUGUUGAGCCCGUUUUACAAGACGAAGUGAAGCAAUCUUUUAGUGAUAUAGACCCUGAAGACGAGUGCACGGAUCCCCUCAAUGAUAAAGAACAAGAUAUAGUAUCCGCACAAUUUCAAGGAGAAUACAAUGAAUGUGAUUUUAUUAAUGAGCAUAGUGAAGGUGAAGAAUCGAGUCCACUGCCAAUGCCUAGUCGUAGUAAGCGGUCAAAGACUGUAAACGAGUUUAAGUCGCCUAACGGACGUGUUUGGAGUAAUAAUAAAACAUGUUACAAACGACCUAUUCCCACUGAUUCAGUUGUACUACAGCAGCUGCCAACGGGAAAGGGGCCUGCAACCAAGCUUAAAAAUCCGCUUGAAGCUUGGUAUUUGCUUAUGGACGAGCGUUUGUUGGCUACAAUUCUAACACAUACUAAUGAACGGAUACGCAGCCAUAAAGGGAAGUCGUCCUUUGAGAAAAGUACAGAUAUCGUGGAGCUUCGUGCAUGGUUGGGAUUGAAUUAUUUAUGUGGUAUAUUUCGUAACACCUCGCAUCCCGGCCCAUUGAAGGAAUUGUGGACCUGGGAAUUAGGAAAUUCGAUUUUUCGUGCUACGAUGCCAUGGAAACGAUUUGAAUUUUUAACGGCUUUUAUUAGCUUUGGUGCACCGGCUUCCAAGAGUGGGUCGUUCGGGAAUUUUUUGCAAAUUCAAGAAGUAUGGGAACGAUUUCUAGCGAACUGCCGUUCGUAUUAUUCUCCCAGUGGUAAUUGUGUUGUACACGAUAUGAAAGUAGAUAUGAACGACCAUCAGGAAAACCUUCACCUAACUGUAUUAUGCGACGCAAAAUCCUUGUAUAUUUGUAAUAUGUUAAUUACAAAUCAAACGGGUACGAAAAAUAGACGUGAACGCUCAGUUCUACAUUUGGUAGCGGACAUUAAGGGUAGCAAUCGCAAUAUUGUUUUGCCUGAACUUUACACAAGUACGGAAAUUGCGAACAAGUUGAGAGAAAGACAAUUGACUUUGGUGGGUGCAUUGCCGAAAGAAUCCGAAGAAUUACCGAAAACUUUAUUAUUAAAUGAAACACAACAGCAAUUAUACUCUGACAUUGGUUGUUUAGUGCGCGGGCGUGGUGAAGCAGCUCCGUUUUUGCUAUCAAAUGGAUUGCCUGGCAAAGUAGCAGUUGAGCGCCUUUUCAAAGCGAGCAUACGAUCAUGUGACCACUUUGAAGAAGCUAUCGAAAUUUUUAGCACUACUAACGCCGCCCCAGAUACGCCAAACAACUGGCCUUUAACUUUAUUUUAUCGCAUUAUGAACUUUGCCGCUUUAAAUGCAUGGAUACUGUUACGGCUCUCUACAUCGGGUAUUAGCAGCGCACCAACGCAACGUGAAUUUCAACGCGAUCUAGGUCUUUAUCUCACACAAAUGCAACUAAAACGGCAACUUCAAGCGAGGAACAAACUCACCCUUGCACAAAAGCUACAAAUAUGCGAAGUGUUGGGUGAGUCAACAGAGAAACUACUAGUCAGCGCUUGUGAAGAAGCGAAAAAGAAUUCAGCUAAAGGCUUUGUACCAUUAGAGAAAAUUAAUUUACCUGAAGGCUUAGUGCUGAUGUCCAAAACAUUAGAUCGGCGUAAGCGUUGUUGUAUUUGCACGAAAUAUCAAACGCGUACGCGUUGCCAGCAAUGUUUACGGGCACUUUGUUACCGCCAUUUGAUUGCACGUUGCAAUGAUUGCAUGGGCGUCACAGAGUUGCCCGAAUAA